GCGCUUUUCAUGAAGACCAAUCUGCAGUUUAAAGAUUUCACCAGUCGGAAGGACGGUUUUAUCUCAGCUGUCACUAUUAUUUAUUUCAACGUUUUCCUCUUUUCACUUUUGAAUUUAGUUAAUGUUGUCACAGUGUGUUCAUGGCCGAUAUAGACAAUAUCAGUAUCAACCACGCUGGCACUGAAAAGGAUCAUCUAUAUUCUCCUGUGACAAGCUACGGUUCCCGUGACGAUGUCGAUGACCACAGCGACCCCCAGUUGUCCACGGCAACGGACGGCUUGUUGGGCAUGGAGCAGGAAGAGGAAGAGUUGCGCAGGAAGCUGAAAUAUUUCUUCAUGAGCCCAUGCGAUAAGUUUCACGCCAAAGGCAGAAAACCAUACAAACUGUUCCUUCAGGUCCUCAAGAUUGUCAUAGUCACCGUGCAGCUGGUUCUGUUUGGCCUGAGUAAUCAGGUGGUGGUGACAUUUAAAGAGGAGAACACCAUGUCGUUCAAACACCUCUUCCUCAAAGACUACAACGACGGCGGCGAAACGCUGGCCGUGUACACGCAGAACGACGUUUACGAUCAGAUCUUUUACGCCGUAGACCAGUACCUGAAGUUGCCUGAGACCACAGUGGGGCGCUAUGCAUACGUUUUCGGCGUGGGGGUCAACGGCAGCGCCCUGUCCCUGUGCCAGCAGUACUAUAAGAAAGGUCACAUCGACCCGACCAACGACACCUUCGACAUCGACCCCAAAGUCAUCACAGACUGUGUAGGGGUAAACCCUUUGACGAAACCACUUGGUCCCUUAGGCAGUGAUUACAGGAAUUUCACCCUCAAAUUUCACAAGCUCAUUAAUGUGACCAUACAGUUCCAGCUGAAGGCCAUAAACCUACAGACCAUCAUAAACAAUGAGAUUCCCGACUGUUAUACCUUCGUCAUAACAAUCGUCCUGGAUAACAAGGCUCACAGCGGUAAAGUGAAGGUCACCCUGGAGAACCAAGCCGUUAUAAAGGAAUGCAAAGACCCCAACGUCUACGGACACGGCCAGAGUUACACGCGUGUUGCGUUUGACGUGGCUGUCGCCGCCCUGUGUUUUCUCUCGCUGGUGCUCUGCAUGCGCUCCAUCGUCAGAGGAAUCAUUCUGCAAAGCGAGUUUGUGGAGUACUUUCAGAGGAGUCUGGGGCAGAGAGUGUGUUGGGGGGACAGGAUGGAGUUCAUUAACGGCUGGUACAUCCUGCUCAUCAUCAGCGACGUCCUCACCAUCAUCGGCAGCAUCAUCAAAAUCGGCAUAGAGACCAAGAACUCAUCCUCCUAUGACGUGUGCGGAAUCCUCCUGGGUACUUCGACGCUAUUGGUUUGGGUGGGCGUCAUUCGCUACCUCAGCUUUUUUCAGAAGUACAAUAUUCUCAUCGUGACGUUGCGUGCUGCCUUCCCAAACGUUAUCCGUUUCUGCUGCUGUGUGGCUGUCAUCUACCUGGGCUAUUGUUUCUGUGGGUGGAUAGUGUUGGGACCAUACCACGUUAAGUUUCGCUCUCUCUCCAUGGUGUCUGAGUGUCUGUUCUCUCUGAUAAACGGAGAUGACAUGUUUGUCACAUUCUCUGGCAUGCAGGAGAGCAGUACACUGGUGUGGGUUUUCAGUCAGAUUUACCUUUAUACCUUCAUCUCUCUCUUCAUCUAUAUGGUUCUGUCCCUCUUCAUCGCCCUCAUCACUGGAGCAUAUGAGACCAUCAAGCAUCAAACCCAGGAACCUAUCCACAUCACAGACCUGCAUGCCUUUAUAGCAGAGUGCACUGACACGCCAAGCUCCGGAAAGUUCCGCGGACUGGAGACUUCCCCUUGUUGUUCCUUCUUCUGCUGCUGCGACAGAACCACCACGUACGAGGACGUCCUGUUGGUGAACUGAUGAGGCACUGUAGACAAGUGCCCUCUGCUGGCCACACUGUGGGAGUGCACGGCAUGAAUACUCUUACUGGCCUACAGGGGGCAGUGUCCAACACUG